GUCAAAAGUAGUUUAUCUUUUAAACACAGUGUUAGGGAGCAUUUUUCAGACAGUUAUCUACACGCGCGCGGACUCCACAAACUGACUGCAAAUGCGACAGUCGCAAGAUGAGUGAGAAAAAGGAACAAAUACUACCCAUUCCGAAACCAAGACAAGUCAGAACUUUGAGUAAUUCAAACAAUAAACACACUGUACAAGUACAUAUACUGGAUGAAUCACUGACGGUAACAGAUCACCAAAAUCUGGAAAGUCAACCACCGACUGCUGGUGCUGAAGGGACCAGUGGUGACACAGAAAACGAUCAGAGAGACCCACCUGCUGGGCCGAGUACCAAUAAAGGCAAAGAUGCAAAUACCCAUACAUCUUCUUGCAAUGCCGAAAACACACACAGCGAUAGUCAUGGCAAGCUUAGAAGAGGAGCAAAGGUGAAUGAUUGCAAAUCAGACAGUGAUGGUAUUGAUCCGCAAAUUUUUAACAACAGCUUAAGACUCAAUAAAACGGAUUCUGACAGCGCAUUACUUCUUUCCGGCGCAGAAGACAAAGUCGGCACCCAAGAAGAAAAAGACAAUGAACAUACAGGGCGAAGUUAUAACGACCCACAGAGCAUUGACAGUGGGUCGGCGUCCCAAAUACGACCAAAGUCAACGGGUCGUCAAAAAAGGACGGAUGAAAGAUGCGAGGAAAAUACCGAUCCAUCGCGAAGGUCUGUGCGUGAAAAACAACACUUUUUCAAGUCUCAAAUUGAAAAUCAGGUUAGCGAAACUGAACCGAAAGCAUUAUUGCUUCAUAGAAAAAAAAUACCGAGCGUCCGUGGUGAUAAAAGACAGUCUAACAUCGGUCGAAUUAGAAAAACUGAUGACGCCGACAGAAGCGACGCUGGACCUGCGCCUGUAUCUAAAAAACUACCGAAGUUCGUCCAACGUGAAAACAAGGGUGAUGUUGACCAAUCUACAAUGACUGUUACGGACAAAAAGGCGUUCCUCGCAUCUAUGAUUGAUAAACAAGCUAGCGACGUCGUUGAUUUACAAGCAUCAGAUGUUGUCCAGCGUUCAAAAGGCCGAAAAAGUAAACGUUUGCUACCAUCCGUAAAAGAUUUUGAUGGCCAAAUUGAAGCCAGUGCAAUUCAACAACAGAACAACAGACAGCAAGGCGAGGUGCUUGUACAAUCAAAGCGGGUUUCAACUGGCAAUAAAGUAGCCAGAUACGAACGUGAGGGAAACUUGCAGUGUGAAACUAAAGACUCGUGUGCUAAAAUAUGGAUUAGAGAAAGUGGGGAUCGCAUAUCUGAGGACAUGAGGGCAUACUUGAAAAAGUCCAACGCUAUGGUGACGGUGGCCAUCGACUUCGGAACGACUUACAGCGGGUGUGCAUUUUCGGUGAGAGACAAUCCGGGCAAAAUAUACGUUCUCAAUUUCCAGGGAGGAGCUAGUUCAAAGGUUCCAACUGCCAUACUUUAUGACCCACGCAGAAAGAUGCACUCAUUCGGUUAUGAGGCUCUAGAACACUACGCAAGCCUAUCGUCUUCGGACGAACGCUCCAUUUGGAGGCUGUUCGAGCGGUUUAAAAUGAAGCUCUUUACAAAAAGUAACUCGUCAAUAAGCAAAAACGUUGAAAUAACCGACAACCACGGUAAUACAAAACUGGCCCUUGAUAUAUUUGCUGAUGCACUUGGAUAUAUGGCUGAACGUAUAAAGAAGGAAAUUCAUGAGCGCGUACCGGCUUUUGACGAUGACAUACACUGGGUUAUUACAGUUCCUGCCAUUUGGAGCACAAUGUCUAGAACUUUCAUGCGGGUUGCGGCAAAAAUGGCUGGCAUUCGAAAUGAGCGUUUAUCAUUGGCACUGGAGCCCGAGGCUGCUGCGAUUUGUUGCAAAUGCGAAUCAGCUUUAGAAUUCCAAGCAGGCACAAGAUUCAUGAUUGUCGACAUUGGAGGCGGUACUACGGAUAUAGCUGUUUGUGAAGUAAAUGAGGGCACAUCUCUUAAAGAACUGCAUCAGCCGUCGGGUGGUGACUUUGGUGGUAUUAAUGUCGACCAAAAGUUUAUUGAGCUUUUGAUAGAGAUAUUUGGAGAAGACGUGUUGACAGAAUUCAAAGACAAGCACACCAAAUCAUACAUUAAAAUGAUGGAGGACUUUGAAUUAAAGAAGCGUUUGUUUAAAGGCACCAACACGUGUCAGAUUAAAGUGGACCCAAUAUUACUGGAAUUGUGCAAGAAAGGCACUGGUAUCGAUGAAGUUUCCAUUAUGAAAAAGUCAUCUUUGUCUAAAAAGUUUGAGUGGAAAUUCGGAAAAUUGAUUUUGAGUACCGAAAUAAUGAAAUGCUUUUUUGAAGUUGCCAUUGACAAAAUACUUGAAGCUAUCAAUUGUAUUCUAGCGAAAGUUGAAAGAAUUGACAGUAUUAUUUUACUAGGAGGGUUCUCAGAAUCGCCGUAUCUCUGCAGUCGUUUGGAAAAGGGUUUUCCAGGCAAAAUAUCAAAGGUAGAGAAUCCAGUGCUAGCCGUGCUAAAAGGAGCCGUGCUUAUUGGGAGGGAUCCUUAUGCAAUCGCUUCGCGUGUUUGUGAAUACACUUACGGCAUUGCUGGAACGAUGAAAUAUAAGCCACACCAUCCGGAGAAAAAUAGGUUUUAUUUAAAUGGUGUAAAGAUGUGUGACCAUUGUUUCUACAAGCAUAUAGAAAUCGGCACUGAGGUCAGUGUACACGACGAAGAGAAUGCAGUGGAACACGAGUAUUUCCCAACCACAGGUGACCAAACACAGGCCAUCCUAGAGGUGUAUGCAAGCACCGAUAAAGACCCAGAGUAUAUUGAUGACUCGUGUCACUUGGUGGGCUUUAUCAAAGUAGAUAUCGAUCCAAAAGGGGACUUCUGGGCAAAGAUCCUGGUCAAGAUGUUCUUUGGGGGAACGGAAAUCAAAGUUGUGAUAACCGACGUGAAGAAUGGAAAGGUUCAACGAGGGUCGGUCGACUUCUGGGGUUGAAGUUCAUUUGCUACGGAUUGCAUGACUUCGUUUAAAUAAUCAGUGAUGUAUCUUUUUUCAAGUAACAAAUGCUGUUAGGCCGUACUUAGAGUGACAGCAAGUGUUGUGGACUGAGAUGAAAGCAUCAAGCAAAAGAAAACAUCAGAAAUAUAGAUGGUGAUGAGUUUGGGAUUUUUAUAGACCUCUGCACAACAUUGCUUUAGUGUUCAUAAAUCUAAUAAUUGUUAAAUAUAUAUUUCAAGCAGAACAUUGUACUCAAUCAUAUAAGUUUUAUUUCCAUUUGAACAAAAUGUCUAUCAAUAUACCGACCAUUAACGUAUACGGAUUCAUCAUUACAAAGUUCUCGUGUUAUUGUUAUUGUUCAGACAAUAUAAGUCUGAAUACGCUUACUUAAAAUAUAUCAGUAAACCAUUGACUUGUGUACCUUACUUAAAUAUACACACAUAGACUGAAGUAUAGACAGCGUUCAUCUGUGCUAGUCUUAGAGUUUAUGUAUACAUAUGUUAUAUACCAGGACCUUAUUCCUUUUUAAUUUAAAAUCAGGCCAUUUAAUGGUUGCUACAUUCCUUGUUUAAACGUUGUAUACAUGUACAUAUGCAAUUGACGUGUUAUAAUGUACAUGUAUUAGAAGUUGCUUUGAUGGGAAUUACAUUAGAUAAGAACUAUAUUAUUAUAA